UAUUGUGGGACGGGCAGAGAAAAAUAUUCAACAAGCCCUUUUUGGGGGAGAAAAUCUUGUGACUAGCUACAGAUAUCUGUGUCGUGUGGUCCGGGAAGGACUCAAAGGUUCACAAUACAAUUUUCGAAGGGUCUGAAAUUAUUCUAGGGAAAAUGCUCCGUUAGCCAGGGUUACUAGGGCCAGGAUUUCCAAGGCAGUUUCAGUGGCAUGGGCAGGACUGGAGAAGUGUGUUUGUGGGGGGCAAGGCUGGCCCAGCCCCCCAUUGGGGAGAUGUGGCCGGGCCAGAUGUGUCAGGUGACAGCCUGCCACAUGGGGUCCUAACGCUACAGAAAUGUGGCUCCCUCUGAAGAGGCUCUGUCAUUAUGACACCCAGCUCUGGUCAAUAGCUAAUGGGGUCCCCCUCUUGUACCCCGCCGAGUGCAGGUCAUGAACAGUGGGGGGAAUGAUCCUUUGGGCUCCAGUCUCCAGAGCCCCUGCUAAUCCCCUUAGUCCAUGAGUAUCCAUGUAGGUACCUACGUACAUCUUCAUCUGGGUGGACUCUGCAGGAUGGGAGUGUGAUCUUGUGGGUUACAGCAGGGCUGCUGGGAGCCAGGACUCCUGGGUUCUCUCCCCAGCUCUGGGAGGGGAGUGCAGUCUAGUGUUUCAGAGCAGGGGGAGGGGGGAGAAGCCAGGACUCCUGGGUUCUCUGGGGGUGGAAUGGAGUCUAAUGAACCUUCCUAUCAGCCUGUAUUGGAGCUGCCAAAUUUGCCCCAAGGAGCCAUCCAGGGAAGUAAUUUCUUCACCAGUCCUGAGUUUUUAUGACCUUCCAGGGAACAAAGAAGCAGUGUUUGUCAUCCUGCUGUAGGCCUGAGACCGGAUUAGCGCCCCCUCUCUCCCCAUAUUAAAGCAGCUUUGGGUGAAACUCAGGGAGUUCACCACUAAAAUUAAAAAAAAGAAAAAGAAUGUUCUGCCGCUGCUAAAGCACCCCCACCUCAGGAAUGUCCCUAACGAGAGUUAUAACCACCAAAGUGGUGAAGUAGAGACGCCCAGGCACUGGGAAAUUAGGGCGGAUACAGAAAGAGACUCAACAAAUGGGAAGAUAAGCUCUGACCAGCGUUUUAUGCUGACCCUCUGCACAAAUAGAGAAGGUCACAACUAAGUUACCAUUUGGGCAUGAAAGAGAAAAUGUAAAGAACUUGGGCAGGAAGGAGGACACGUAGGUGCCAGUGCGUAAUUGGUUAAAAUUUGUGUUAUUUAUGGGUGUGAGAUAUUGUGAUAGGUGUAGUACAUUUGAAGGAGGAAAGUAGUUUUAGCUAAAUAAUGUAAAUGAAAAGCAAUGCUCUUCGGGAACCAUUUCCGGACUGCAGUUCAACAUCUGGCUGCUGGAACUCUGUACGACCGUGACAUGAGAGGCCUCGCUGGGAACCCCCAGAUGAACGAAUCCUGAUUGGCCAUUAGCUGAAAUUUGUCUGGAUAUUGUGAGUGGUGCGCGUAAGAGAUUUGCUUGGUAUGUGUGUUCUCUAUGUGUUACUAAUAAAUAGAUGUUUUAGAGCACAAUUGUGUAAAGCAAAAGGUUUUCUGGGAAAAGGUUCUGCAGAUCCAUAGAGCCCUGAGCCCCGAGGGAAAGGGCGGGUACUUAAAUUGACCAGGUUUCUUCCUGAGCUCCAUGGGUAAAAAUAGGUGGCUUACACUUUGAGCUCUCGGUAGGGAAAGAGUGGGGGUGCCUAAAUUGAUUGGAUCACACCUUAAGCCCUCGGUAGGGUACAAGCAGGGUGUCCUAAAUUGACCAGAUCACGCUUGUGGCCUCCGAAGGGUAUGGGUGGGGUGCCCUAAAUUGGGCGGGUAACAGACUGGUGGAGAAUGCGGACAACCUAGGUUAUUUGGGCCGAGCUGAUUGAACCUUAUACAGCAGUUGGACAGAAUAUUUGUGCCCCUUCUCUCAAGAAGGACUGCAGCCUGUUUGAGAGGAUGAACACUCUAAGGAAUAAGGAGAGUGAGAAUCCUACGUUGAAAAGCCUGGAAGGGUGGAAUUGGCAGAGGAACCAACCCUCCUUGCAAAGAGGAUAGUGGACCGAGGUCCAUGCCCAUGGGAAGAUGACCCUUUUCAAGGGAAAAAUGCAUUGGAACAUUCAUGUAAAGGGUUUGAAGCGUAUUGCAAUAAUAUGAAGUCUACCUUAAAUAAAAGGGCUGUGAAAACUGCGGCUGGGUGGGUGCACUGUGGAAAGUGUCUUGCAAUCUCUCAGGGUUAGUAACAUCUCAGGAGAACCAGUUAGGAGACUGUGAGUUGGAAUUGGGUAAAGGAUCCCUUGAAUCAGUAUAAAGCCUCACAAUGUGCCUCUGCAGCGUCCUCCUCUGCAAAGUGCUGCUGCAUUAAAGGAAAAGGGAGGGGAGUCCGGUGGAUAAUGUUAUCAACAGUCCCUGUGUAUGUUGUAUUCUGAUAGUUCAGAGGUGAAAAGGACAUCCUAUCAUGUAAAUGAAUUGUAAAUGUGUGAUAUCUUAGUAUUCAUCUCUCUUUGAAAUGUACUGUGAACGGUGGAGGAAGAAGUAAAUGGCCUUAUAUUAAUUCAUAUAGCUAAGUACUGGUGAUGGAUCUCCUUCAAAAUCAUCCUAAUGACCUUUGGUUCCCUGAGGGAAUCCCAACUUGUCAAAAGACUGGAAAUUGGAUAAAAGAUCCUUGGGUCCUGAUUUUCUCAUCUCAGAUCUGCUUAGACGUCUUCAGGGGAAGUUUGAGUCACAAGACUGAGGCCCCAGUUCUGCUGGAACACCCUGAAGAUGAGAUUUGGACAUUAGACUCUCUGUCCGAUCCUUUGGGGUUGGUAGAACCUUUUCUUUUAUAUGAUGAAAUAAGAUUUACAGAAAUUUUCAUCAUAUUUAACGUGGGUACCUGGAUGGAGGCCUGAGGCUGGAUCACUUUAAGGGAACUGUGUUGUUUGGAUUUCUGUGUAACCAGUGAGGUACUACACAAGCUGUUUUAUGCUGGCUUGGUAAAUCUAAGGAUUGGAAUAUCCACCAAUUUUAUGGGGAUUGUCUGCCCCAUUCUUUGCAGUUCACCCUAACUGAGUGACCACAGCUGGCUCCCCACUAGCACCCCGGUCACGGUUGCGUAGUCGGCAGGAUGCACAUUACCACAGGUUUAUUAGGUUUUUGGAUCAGAACCACGUGCUUUUCAAAAUUUAAUUUUGCUAUUGGAGAGUUUAAGGGUUAAAAAUCAGCUCCAGUGAGUGACCCAUGAUCAAGAUCCUGACCGACAAAGCCUGGAAGAAUUGUGCUCACAGAGGGGUUUGUCUUUUGAGAAAACGGCCCAGGAGCAGGAACUGAAAAAUCUGUUAAUUGCCAGUGAUAAGGAAGAAGAAGCAGCAGAAAUGCUUGCGGUGAGACCCCAGCAGCUAGACUUGAACAACAGCAAAACUAGCUGAUGUGGAAGGAGAAGUUGCUGAGAGGGAACGCCUGUGUUUGAACAUGAGCAGAGACUGGCUGUUUAGGAGGGAAGAUUGGACAGCUGAAUCCGCAGAGCAGGAUGCCGGUUGUGCGGUGAAUCUCUGGAGAAUACCGGGAGAGCAGAUGUUGGACAUCAUCUCGACGCUGGUGAACCUGCUGCAACCGGUGCUUUCAGCGUUGUCGGGGGCUGUGCUGUGGCAGAGCCUGGAGCACUGGUACUUCCUGCUGGGCCUGCGCUUGCUGGCCAUGUACUUUGCCAGUUCAUCAUGGGAGAGUGCACACCAGGAUAUGGCAUGUGCCUGGAGCCCCGGGGAGGAGGCGGAGACCCGGACCUUCUGCACCUCGGUCUGCUACAACCGCCAUUUCCUGGACCCUGUCAGGCCCACCUGGGGCUUCUCCUUCCUCAUUGCCCUGCUCCCCAUCACCAUCAUCAGAAUGCUGUACCCCAAAGAGGAUUAUCAGGGAAAGGGGGGCCAGGAGGUUGCGGUGUCGGCCACAUGCAACAGGGCCACCAAGCACAGGUUGGUGGUAGAAUCGCAUGUGGCUACGAGAGCCAAGCUGGUGGGGGAACCCGACAUGGUCACUAAAUCCAACAUGGCUGCCAUAGUCCGGCCGGUGGGAGACUACAACCUGGCUGCCAACCCCAAGCUGGUUGGUGCGACCAAUGUGGCUGCCAGAUCGAACACGAUUGGCAUCAGUGGUGUGACCAGUUCGCCAGCAGGACUGAAUAUGGCCACCCGGCCGCUCUGGCAUGCUGGAGUCUUCACCGUGUGCAUCGCUGCACUCCUGACUACUGAGAUUGGCUUCCUGUGGGCCUUGCUGGCCCGGCAGUUGCCCACGGUGUCAGGAGUUUUCUUCCGCUGCUUCCCCAGUACCCCGGCCUGUCCCCCUGCCCUCGAGUGCGCCGUGCGGGGCCAGCCCGACAAGCACAUGGCUCUGGUUAUGUUGGCCCUCACGGCCUGCAUCAGCAUCAAGGUCUGCCUAGGCUAUGGGGGCGUGUGGGUAGGCAAGGCCACCUGUUGCCAUGGGAGACAGGAGGGGGAGCAGGCCUUGGAGGUGGGAUGCAUGAGGGAGGGGAGUAUGUGCUGUGAUGGAUGUGAAGAUGGGGAGAUGGGGGAAGGCAGGGUGCUGAGGGGUGACUGGGAGAGUGGGGAGUGGGAUGCCAGGAUGGGGAUGAAUUGGGAAUGGAAGGGCCGGGGAGAGGUGGACAAGGAACUGGAGGUUGAAAGGGGGGAUGAGGAAUGGAGCCAACUGUGA